AUGGCAUUCAGGUUUGUUGUGUUCACCUGCUUGGUCGCGGCCGCCACUGCUGGCGUAGUUCCCACCGCUCCUGUGGCGUACGCUGCCGCCCCGGCCUAUCACGCCGCCCCCGUGGCCUACGCCGCAGCGCCGGUCGCGCACGCCGCUCCAGUAACCUACCACGCCGCCCCCGUCGCCUACGCCGCCCCCAUCGCCAAGGUUGUGGAGGACUACAACGCGCACCCGCAGUACAGCUUCGCGUACGACGUACAGGACGGACUCACUGGUGAUUCCAAGACUCAGCACGAGUCUCGCGAUGGCGACGUCGUCCACGGAUCUUACUCCGUUGUGGACCCCGAUGGCACCAAGCGCACCGUCGAAUACACCGCUGACGACCACAACGGUUUCAACGCGGUUGUGCACAGAGAACCCCUGGCCGUCAAGGUUGCUGCUCCUGUAGUCGCCAAGGUCGCCGCUCCUGUCGCUUACCACGCUGCCCCUGUUGUGCAUGCCGCCCCGGCGGCCUACCACGCCGCCCCGGUCGCGUACCACUCCGCCCCGGUCGCGUACCACUCCGCCCCAGUCGUGCACGCUGCCCCCGCCGCCUACUCUGCUCCCAUCUACCAUCACUAAUUGUAUAACUAUAUUUACCUCGUUAGUUAGGUAAGGUUACACUCACGAAUGCCAUGUAAAUAAAGUAUUUAUUUUAUUCUAA